AACAGCACCCCAGACAAAAAACUGAAAAAAAAAGAAAAGAAAAGCAGUACGAUAGUAAUCGAAUUCUAUUUCGAAAUUCUAAAAGCAAAACUAAGAAAAUUAAAUAAAUAAAGAGGGCACCAAAUAUCUUCAACACAGGAGGUCGCGAUUCUUUCAGCUUACUGUAAAAGAAUCGGCAGCGGGGUCUUGACUUCAAAAUAAAAGAAAUGGCUAUGUACAUUCGUGUCAAGCGUAGCAAGACGACAUACUUUAUCCAGUGUGAUCCUACUGAGACUGCUUUAGACAUAAAGCAAAAGUUGUGUACCCUCAUUGAUCAACCUGUUAAUGAUCAGCGUUUGAUCCUAGUGAAUACAGGGGAAAUAUUAGAGGACUCGAAAACUUUAGCAGAUCAGAAGGUUGAAAAUGAUGCUGUUGUGGCACUGACCUUGAGAAAAGAUGACAAUGAGUUUGAGGAUGUCAACAUAGUACAACCAAACGAUUUCUACCAAUCUCGUGAUGCAGAUAGCGGAAAUUGGUGAAACCACGAUGUGAUGUGGUAAAGGAGGUUCAGCAGUGCAGAUGUACCAACGUCAUGAUAUUUUCGUUGUUGGUGGUCUUUGUACCAUGAAACAUGAUUUUUACAGACAGUAAUUUCAUGUAUUAAGCUCCAGGAAAACGAAAAUCAUGUAUUAAGCGGAAACUCUUUUCCUUGCUAAGGGGUGGCAUGUAACUCUUAAAACUAACUAUGAAGAAAGAUAUGUUUCUGGUUCAUCCCGUUAUAUUA